AUGGCGAACACUACGAAAAUCACUUACGAUGAGGUGCCGCUGUCGUUCGGAAGCAGUACCAACUUCCGCCUUCUGACGAUUGAGCCAUGUUCAGACCCAAAUGAUGAGGUCUACUGCAAUCUCCAUGUAAGGGCCAUGGAGGAACCCCCUCAAUAUAUCGCGCUAUCCUACACCUGGGGCGAACCGAGUCCGACAAGAAUGAUCAUGCUCAACGGGAGGCCUUUUCGAGUACGCCAAAAUCUAUGGGAUUUCCUCGUCCAAGCCAGAUCGCAUAAUCUUACAACCAUGCUAUGGGUCGAUGCUCUAUGCAUCGAUCAGAGCCAAGUCAAAGAACGCAAUCACCAAGUCUCCAUGAUGGAAAACCCGCACGAAGAUUGCUCAUGGAGUGAUCCAGACCGUCGUCGCGAUGAGGAAAUCUUGUCAAAAGCAGUCAUGAGAUUCUUGAAUUACGUAAAGCGCCAUACGGCUAGCAAACGUUCCAGCAGAAAGGGUAAUAUGGGCGGUGUACUGAUCGCUUUUGGACCCUCCAUGGAAUGUUCAGACAGCCGAGAUGGCCUCUACGCGCUACUCUCACUCAUCGAUCCUGAAGAAACCGAAGCGUUAGGCCUCAUACCUGACUAUAAUAAAUCGACUAUCGAAAUAUUCCACGAUACAUGGGAGGCUAUGAUGAGUAUGCACAUAUACUAUGGGUAUACAGGCGACUUGCACGAUACGAGGGAAUUAGUAAAUGGGCUGGCAGCAGCGCUGCGUCUGGAUAUAUGGAGCGACGAAGUAUGA